AUGGAUGAUCCACCGGAAUCUGUUCAGAUCUUAAGGGAUAUGGGAAUUGAUUUCAAGGAUGGACUUCCACAAUGGUUGUUAAAUUUCGAAGAGAUUCUUUUACCAAUCAAGAAACUCUUGAAUUAUGCAGAGAGUGACGUUGGCUGCUUCUGCUACAUCUAUCCAAUGUUUCAAUCGACGAUUGAGCAGUUGAC